AUGGGUAUAUGUUUUGGGAUUUUAGAUGAAAACAAUUAAGAAGAAGAUAAGAAAAAGAAUCCUAUUCAGAUUGAAGAAUAAGCAUCUUAAAAAGAAAAGGAAGAGGAAAUAAGUUAUUAACUUGAAAAUUUCACUUUUAAGAAUGUAAUAAAAAAAUUUUAUGAAUAGGUACUUGGGGCAGGAGCAUUUGGAAAAGUAUUAUUGGCAGAACACAUCAAAACAAAGUAAUAUUUUGCAAUAAAAAUCAUUGACAAAAAGCAAUUAGAAAAUUAUAAUUUUGUAGAAUCAGAACAUUAGAUUUUGUAGCAAACAUAAAGUCCUUUUAUAAUUAAGCUUUAUUUCACUUUUGAAAAUUAAAAUAAAUUAUAUUUGGGUACAGAAUUUAUUAAUGGUGGUGAUUUAUUUGUACAUUUGAAGAAAAAUAUAUAAUUUUCAGAGGAAAGGACAAGAUUUUAUGCUGUCGAAUUAAUUUUAGCAUUGAAAUAUUUACAUGAAAAUAGAAUUAUAUAUAGAGAUUUAAAACCAGAAAAUAUUUUAUUGGAUUAAUUUGGACAUAUCAAAUUAACAGACUUUGGUUUAUCCAAAUUUAAAUUUAGUUAAAUUACAUAUACAGCAUGUGGAACACCAGAAUAUGUGGCACCUGAAAUAUUACUUGAAUAAGGUUAUAAUGAAUGUGUAGAUUGGUAUUCAUUGGUAAAAUUGUUGAAUUUACAUAGGGAAUUCUUAUUUACUAAAUGUUAUGUGGAUCCAUUCCGUUCUAUUCAUAGUAGUAGCAAGAAAUGAUCAAUAAGAGACUAUCAUAGCCUUUUGAAUUUCCAAAAUAUUUGAGUUAAAAAGCAGUUGAUCUGAUAAAGAGAUUAACAGAGAAUGAGGUUCAUAAUAGAGAGUUUCAUUAAGGUUUCAAAACGCUUAGGGUUUAAGGGAGCUGAUGAAAUCCUUCGACAUCCUUUUUUUGAAGACAUCGACCUAGAAGCAAUUUCCAAAAGAUAGGUUGAGCCACCUUUUAGACCAUAAUUAGAGGGAAAAAAAGACUUAAGAUAUUUAGAUCCGGUAAUUUCAUGUAAUAAUUAAAGGAUUUGUUACAAUAAGAAAUCAAAUUUGAAUAAGAAAUAGAUAAAUGA